AUGCGCCCCUGGAAGAAGCCGCAAGAAGAACCGUAUCAAGAAGACUACAAAAGAGAUAUCUCGGUGGAGUUGAACGCCGCCCCAUAUCCCCGCCGCCGCGGAACAGCCAAGCUGGACACCUACCAUGAAUACGACUUCAUGCACCCGCGCUUUGCCUCGCAGCUAGGCCUCAGCAUCGGCUUCGUCGCCGUCGACACGAUCGAAUCGUCGCUGACGAAUGAGACUAUCCCUGUGCUCGGCAAGGCCGACGUGCGAUGGUUCUGCGAGCAGAAAGGCGUCCCAGCGACGAAGCGGUUCGAUCUUGCCCCGAGAUAUGAAGAUGGCGUGUUUUGGGUUACGUAUGCGGCGGGGGAGUUUGACGUCGUUGUUGGGAGGAGCACGAUCGAGAGGGUGGGGCUGGUGGAUCGGAAGGGAAGGCUUAUUAUUCCGAGGUCGAGGAGUUUGCCGCCGCAGGUGAAUAAGGACCGACUCGAUGCGGAGCAGGCGAAGGAGGAGAGACGCAGGCAGGAGGAAGAGGCACGGAGGCGGGAACAGGAGGGGAGAGUCGAGCUUGGUGCGUCAAUCUUCACGGGGCCGAAUACUUGGGCAGACAAUCCUUAUCCAAUAUGA